GUUGUCAAAGAAAAAGAGCAAAAACACUUCUGUCUACGCGUUUCCCAUCGCUUCCUCCGACACCUGCAGUUCCACGCAUAUUUUUUGUGGUCAUUUCGGUUGCCAUCGCGGCUACUUCCCUCGCGCGCCAAGUGCAGUAUCUCUGUGCAACUUCCGUCGUGUUCGUCUUGCGGGGAUUGGCCGAAGUGGCAAUUGGAGAACGAUAAACGCGUCGCGUAUCAGUUAUUUUUAUCUCCGGUGGUGAAGCUACGUGUUUUCGAACGACACAUUGGAAGCAGAUUUGCAGCGUCGUCCUCCACAUCGUUUGGUUCUGCGUGUGGCACACAGUCGUAUGAUAGCAGGAAUCGAAUUCACAUCAGCGUUACAAUUCUCGUUAACGUGCCGUGCGUAAAAAAUUGGUUUCAGUGAAAGUGCGUGAUAACCUAAGUCUCCAACAGUUUGCAUUCUACGCAGUCGUGUGCGGAAGAAUCAACAACCUCCUUCUACAGCACAACGCAACACGGUUUCGUGACACCGUGGAAAGAAAUUGAUUUUCUUCCACAUAUUUCGUUUGGCGUAUUGAUUAGCUGACAGCUUUGUAAGCGGAAGGUGUACCCUUGUAUUGUACAGCUCGCACUAUCGUGUCGUGUUAGCUGAAAAUGUCUGGGAAAAGUGUGAUGAACAAAUUUGUUAUAAGAAAUAUCGCCCAACGGCUCGUACACUGUAUGUACGUGUGUGUUUUCUAUCUAAUACUGUUAUGCAUGCUGGAUACAGCCGGCAUAGGGGCGGACAAGAUGCCGCAGGAAGACAUCUCCGUCGUAACCGAAGUGGAUGAGUUAUCCCCGGACGGAAGCAGCAGUGCACCGACCGAAGGCAAGGGACUGCUUUCGUCCGACAUAGGGUUUGUGCACGCAUUCGCGGCCUCGUUCAUGGUGAUCAUCGUGUCCGAGCUCGGCGACAAAACGUUCUUCAUCGCAGCCAUCAUGGCUAUGCGGCAUCCGCGUUUGACCGUUUUUGCCGGUGCAAUCGCUGCCCUGGCCCUUAUGACCGUACUCUCGGUGCUGUUCGGUAUGGCGGCUACGCUUAUACCACGCAUCUACACAUUCUACAUCUCGACCGCACUGUUCGCCCUGUUCGGCUUUAAGAUGCUGUACGAUGGUUACCACAUGUCUGCGACGGGAGCGGCCGAAGAACUCGAAGAAGUGCAGUCAGAUCUGAGAAAACGCGAAGAUGAGCUCGCCCGUUCCAUGAGCGGAAGUCGCAAGGAAACGGUCGAACUCGUCCCGCUCAGUGAUACCGAAGACCAGCGGACGAAACAUUCCGGCAUUUUGCCCCGCCGCCAUGGUCCCAACAACGGAUCCAUCCAUUCGCUGGCCGAACAGCAGCAAAACCACACAACGUCUUCCGGCGCAACGCUUCGCUUAUCCGCGUCCGCCGCCCAACUUACCACUUCCGGCAGUACGGGCAGUACCCGCCUUCCAGAAGGUUUCCAACAGCAGACACCUGUAUCUCGCAGUAAAUCAGGAAUCUCAACCGAUAAUGGUGCCAACGCGGCGAUUUCUACCGUCGACACUGGGCACGGCCACAUCGCUGCCAACGGCGGAGUUGUUGGCGAAGAAGCAGGAGGAGGAGGAGGAGGUGGAGGUGGAGGUGGAGAUGAAAGUUCCGCACCCAACGGUGGUGGAACCGUGCUGGAAUCUUCCCGCAGCAAGCUGCUACUGCUGGACGGUGGCGGUGAACGCGGCGAACAAAGACAACGGUUGCGAAGUGCGGCCAGCAGUAUUCACGCGAACGGAUCGGUUCACCUGACCGCUGGAGGUGUACAAGAUCCUCAUCCUAGCAACAUCACUUCGGUGGUGACUGGCUCGACGGCCAACGGUCCUGCAAAUCAGCACAAAAUGCACGAACGUGAAACCAAUGCCGGUGGCAGUCUGAUGGGACAGGACGCGGAGUCGGGCGGCAGCACCAGCCGGCGAGGGACGGCCCGUGGACGGAACAACAGUGCCCUCAAAAUGCUGCUGCGCAUCUUCAUACAAGCGUUUACGAUGACGUUUGUGGCAGAGUGGGGUGACCGGUCCCAGCUGACCACCGUGAUUCUGAGUGCGCGCGAAAACGUUUGGGGUGUGAUCGCGGGUGGUAUUAUCGGACACUCUAUCUGCACCGGACUGGCUGUGAUCGGUGGGCGCAUGGUCGCCCAACGAAUUUCCGUCCGAACUGUAACCCUCAUCGGUGGUGUUGUGUUCCUGCUGUUUGCCCUAAGUGCACUACUCUUCGGUCCGGGUGAAGAAGAACCUAUCAAGGUGCCUAUUCCAUAAGACGUAACGCUUACAACAACACAUGCGCAUCACCUUUAUGUAUAUGACACCCUCCAUACGAAUCGACAACAAACUGCUUGGACUGGUUCCACGGUUUGCUUACUAUCCGCUUAGCUUCAGAUCAUCGCCACACAUCCUGCUCUACUUUCUUGUUUUCCUGAACAUGUUGUACAAGGAAACGGAUUUACAGAUGCCAGAUAAAAAGAAAGUAUCGACUUUAUAUAAUAAACUUAUCUCCUCAAUUGGCAACCGACAAGAACGAUGAGUAAAUAAUUGUGAACGUGUGUGCCUCUACCGGAUGUGUAUGUUAUAUUAAUUUGACUGCAAUCAAUUGUAAGCGUGUUUUGUUCUUUACCAUCCGUUCUCUACCUUCUUCUAAAUGAGGGACAUGUAAGAUUGUAACAUACAAACAAAAAAAAAGAAAUCCUGAUUGGGUGAUCGUCUCAGCUACCAGCCUACAAUCAAUAUGAUGUUAGUAAUUAGGACAACAGUGUUGAAUGCAAUUAAUAGUGAGAAUAUACGCUAGGAGAGAAAGAAACGACCGAAGUAGAAUACCAUUGGAUAAAACAGGGCGCGUAAAGAAAAGUAUUGUUUUUUUUUGUUCUAAUACUUUAAGCAUAUUCCUUCAAGUGUGUCCUUAUGAUAUGAUUAUUAGUUCCAACAAGGAAAGAGAAAAUUGUGUAACACAAAAUUGAAAUUCCACAAAAUUAGCAAUGCUUAUUUUAAGAAAACAGAAAAGCAUCCAAUCGAAUACAGAGACAUUAAACGGUGUUGUGUGCGUGUACGAGAGAAAGAAGAAGUUGAUUGUAAAAAUAAAUAAAUAAAAAAAAACUAUUAUUACCUGUUA